AUGACCGCUUCAAUUCCUAUAUCAUCUUCUUUUGACCCUGAUAGACACGAGCCGUUUUUGUGUCAUAAGUUUAAGAGGCGGUGCCCAAUUAACUACUUUUACAUUCCCAUCGAGUGCCCGUUUAUGUUGCAAUGUGCCGACGGACGUUGUCCUCUAUCUCACACGGUAUUUGAGGUUAUUUUCCACCCCAUUUUACAUAAAACGAAGAAGUGUAGUUUGGCGGUUAAGAACAAAUGUAAGUUCGAGAAGAAGUGUGCCUUCUACCACGGUGAAAAUGACCGACUUGGCGCUUACCUAUCAUGGCUGGUUUGGGAGAAAAACUGGGAAAUGAACUCCCAGAAUACAAGACAAAUGCUUCAAAAGUUUGGUUUGUCGAGUAAAAUUAUAUCCAAAGUUAUCCUGAUGAUUAACACGAGGAUUUGUCAAAAAUCAUCCCUAUCACUUUAUCCAGAGAUGACUGACUAUAUUAAGGUUCUUGAGGAUGAAUUAAAUGAUUUGAUAUCUACUUGCCAAACUAGUUUAGAUAAACAGAACAAGCCAGGAUUUCAAUCUGUUGCAACUUAAUGGGAUUUAAAAUGAGGAUUUUCCACCUGAGAACGAUUUUAAAUUAAUUUAAAUUCUCCAAAUGAUUUUUAAAAGGAGAAUUGAGAGUUAAUUUAAAUUUUGUAUUAACUUAAUAUUUUAAGUUAGUGAUACAAA